AUGGCCUUCUCCGAAGACAUCGAGAAGGACGCAUCGCCGUCUGCGGGCCAGACGUCGUUUCCCACCUCGCCCACCUCACCCACCUCGGCCGGCGGCCUGUUCAGCGAAGAAAAGAACUCGACCGACUUCUCCCGGCCACCCUCCGCCAGCAGCAGCAACAGCGACACGGACAACGCAUUCCCCACCACCAACAAUGCAGCAACGCAUCGAAUCUCGCACGCGCCCAGCGCGACCCCGAGCACCAAGCCGGCCGACAUGCCGCUGCCCAAGGAGAUCCUCUUCAUCACCGUCGUCGCGUCGGCGCAGCUGAUGACGCAGGCGGGCAUGUCGCAGUCCAUGGCGCCGCUGCACAUCAUGGCGCAAGACUUUGGCUCGCCGUCGGCGGGCCAGCUGUCGUGGUUCACGGCGGCGUACAGCCUGACGGUGGGCACCUUCAUCCUGAUCGCGGGGCGGCUGGGCGACAUGUUCGGGCACAAGCCGCUGUUCGUCUUCGGCUGGUUCUGGUACGGGCUGUGGUCGCUCGUCGCCGGCCUGACCGUCUACUCGGGCAGCCAGGUGCUGCUCGACGUGUGCCGCGCGCUGCAGGGCGCGGGGCCGGCCAUCCUGCUCCCCUCGUCGCUCGCCAUCCUCGGCAGCACCUACCCGCCCGGCCGCCGCAAGGAGAUGGUCUUCUCCGUCUACGCCGCCACCGCGCCCAACGGCUUCAUCGUCGGCGCCCUCUUCUCCAGCCUCUUCGCCCAGUACGCGUGGUGGCCGUGGACCUACUGGGUCGCCGCCAUCGUGUGCGCCGUCUACGGCGUGCUGGCCUGGUUCGUCGUGCCCGCCGACGAGCCGCACGAGGCCCAUGUCGACGCGGCCGGCGCCGUCGUCAGGCAGACGUUCGACUACCUCGGCGCCGUCACCGGCGUCGUCGGCCUGGUGCUGUUCAACGUCGCGUGGAACCAGGCGCCCGUCGUCGGCUGGGACGCGCCCUACGUCGUGGUGCUGCUCGUGCUCGGCGUGCUCUUCUUCCUUGCCUUCAUCUUCGUCGAGAAGAAGGUCCAGCAGCCGCUGGUGCCCAUCAACAGCCUCGACGCCCACGCCGGCUUCGUGCUGGCCUGCAUGGCCUUUGGCUGGAGCAGCUUCGGCAUCUGGAUCUACUACUUCUGGCAGUUCACCAUCGUGCUGCAGCACGACACGCCCCUGAGCGUCGUCGCCCAGAACCUGCCGUGCGGCAUCUCGGGCGCCUGUGCCGCCAUCACCGUCGGCUUCCUGUUGAGCCGCGUCAAGACCGCGUGGCUCAUGCUUGGCUCCAUGGUCGCCUUUUGCUGUGGCAACAUCAUCUUGGCCACGUUGCCCGUCGGUCGCCUCUUCUGGAAGCAGGUCUUCUGGAGCGUUAUAAUCACACCAUGGGGCAUGGAUAUGAGUUUCCCCGCGGCAACCAUCAUUCUGAGCAACCACGUCCCCAAGCGCCACCAGGGUAUUGCCGCGUCGCUGGUUACGACCGUCGUCAAUUACUCCAUCUCGUGGGGCUUGGGAAUCGCGGGUACCGUGGAAGUUCAUGUCAACAACGGAGGUGAAAACAUACUCGCGGGUUACCGCGGUGCUUGGUAUUCGGGAAUCGGGCUUGCCGGCUUGGGCAUCAUUAUUGCCAUGCUGUUUGUUUUUAGCAGCUACCGCUCCGAGGCGAGGAAAAACGCAGAUCAGGCAAGCGAAAAAUCAUGA